AUGAGCAACAGCCACCACAUGCGGCCGCCGGCCUCUGUGUCGGAGAUCGACCACGUCCACCUGCUAUCGGAGCAGCUGGGCGCGCUGGCCCUGGGCGAGGAGUACAGCGACGUCACCUUCGUGGUGGAGGGCAAGCGCUUCCCCGCGCACCGCGUCAUCCUGGCCGCUCGCUGCCACUACUUCAGGGCGUUGCUGUACGGCGGCAUGAAGGAGUCCCAGCCGCAGGCGGAGGUGAGCCUGGAGGAGACGCGGGCGGAGGCCUUCUCCAUGCUGCUGCGCUACCUAUACACGGGGCGCGCCAGCCUGAGCUCGGCCCGCGAGGAGGUGCUGCUGGACUUCCUGGGCCUGGCCCACCGCUACGGGCUGCAGCCGCUGGAGGACUCCACCUCCGACUUCCUGCGCACCGUGCUGCGCACCGACAACGUCUGCCUGGUCUUCGACGUGGCCAGCCUCUAUUCGCUGGCUGCGCUGGGCGCCGCCUGCUGCUGCUACAUGGACAAACACGCGCCCGACGUCUUGGCCUCCGACGGCUUCCUGACUCUCUCCAAGACGGCGCUGCUGACGGUGGUGCGUCGCGACUCUUUCGCCGCCAGCGAGCGCGAGAUCUUCCAGGCGCUGUGCCGCUGGUGCCGGCGGCGCGGCGGCGGCGUCGACGAAGAGGAGACGCGGGAGGUGAUGGCGGCCGUGCGCUUGCCGCUCAUGACGCUGACGGAGAUGCUGAACGUGGUGCGGCCGUCGGGCCUCCUCAGCCCCGACCACCUGCUGGACGCCAUCAAGUUGCGCUCGGAGAGCCGCAACAUGGACCUCAACUUCCGCGGCAUGCUGGUCCCGGAGGAGAACAUCGCCACCAUGAAGCACGGCGCCCAGGUGGUGAAGGGCGAGCUCAAGUCGGCGCUGCUGGACGGCGACACGCAGAACUACGACCUGGACCACGGCUUCUCCCGACACCCCAUCGAGGAGGACGGGAGGGCCGGCAUCCAGGUCAAGCUGGGACAGCCGGCCAUCAUCAACCACGUGCGCCUGCUGCUCUGGGACAGGGACAGCCGCUCGUACUCCUACUACAUUGAAGUUUCCAUGGAUGACCUGGACUGGGUGCGCGUGGUGGACCACUCCAAGUAUCUCUGUCGGUCCUGGCAGAACCUCUACUUUGAGCCCAGAGUGUGCAGGUACGUCCGCAUCGUGGGAACGCACAACACGGUCAACAAAGUCUUCCACCUGGUGGCCUUCGAGUGCAUGUUCACCAACCGGGCCUUUACGCUGGAGCAAGGACUCUUGGUGCCGUCGGACAACGUGGCCACGGUGGCGGCCUGCGCCAGCGUCAUCGAGGGCGUGAGUCGCAGCCGCAACGCCUUGCUCAACGGCGACACGCGCAACUACGACUGGGACUCGGGCUACACCUGCCACCAGCUGGGCUCGGGGGCUAUCGUCAUACAGCUGGCUCAGCCCUACUGCGUCGGCUCCUUAAGGCUUCUUCUGUGGGACUGCGACGAGCGCUCGUACAGUUACUACGUGGAGGUGUCCACCAACCAGCAGCAGUGGACCAAGGUGGCGGAUCGCACCCGGGUCACGUGCCGGUCCUGGCAAACGCUGAAGUUCGACAAGCAGCCGGCGUCCUUCAUCCGCAUCGUGGGCACUCACAACACUGCGAACGAGGUCUUCCACUGCGUCCACUUCGAGUGUCCCGCCCAGUCGGACUCGGACGUCGGGGAAAACGGGCCGGACGCCUCGGAUUCGGCCGCUCCGUCCUCGCAGCCGCCGCGACCUCAGCGACCGGCGCGUGGGCACGGCCUGCUGCCCUCCAACCCGUCUUCUUCGCAGGGCAACCAUCGUUAA